AUGAUACGCAUUUUUAAGAAGGUCAAUCCUAAUUGGGAAAAAACAUUAAAUAUUAUGUCAGAUAAAGUUAUGUCAGAGAGACAAAUUUUAGGAAUAGAGUUCCCACAAGCAAAUUUGGAUUUAUGUUUGUUCCAUGUCUUAAGGACCUUUAGAAGGGAAUUGACAUUAGAGAAGAUGGGUAUUACAUCUGAAGAGAGACGUUUAUGUUUAGAGAUUUUGCAAAAAAUGACUUAUGCAAAAACAGAAGAAGACUAUGCCAACCUUUAUCAAUCUCUGAAAUCAACAAAAAUUAAUAGUGUUAUUUGUUAUUUUGAAGACAAUUGGCAUAAAAUACACAAUGAAUGGGUUGAGGGUCUGAAAUCAACAAAUCUAACAUUCCUGAACAGAACCAAUAACAGACUGGAAUCUUUAAAUCAAAAGAUAAAACAAUCCACAAGGGUAAUGCAAGAUCACAAAGCAAUAAAUGUUUUUCAUAAAAGACCUGUUAUUCUUUAUGAACCUGGUUCUGUUGAAGAGUCUUACAAGAAAUUGUUAAUACCUUAUGCAUUUAGUUUUGUUUUAAAGGAAUUAGAAUUAGCAUCAGAAGUAAGGUCAUUAAAAAAGCUUCCUCAAAAUCAAUAUGAAGUUACAACAACAUAUGCUAAAUUAAAAGUGACUGUUCUGUCUUGUGAUUGUGGGUUCAGGUCUGCAAUGCUAUUGCCGUGUAGACAUAUUUUUGCAGUUAGAAAAGUGGAAGAAGUUGAUUUAUUUAACAGAACACUGUGUUCACCAAGAUGGUCAUUAGACUACUAA